AUGACUCCUCUUUUGAGUCUUUUCUGUCUUUUGACUUCCGUUGGUUCUGUACUUUCUGAAGCUCCAUACAGCGAAUACAUUCUCGCCCCAUCCACGCGAACCCUGUACCCAGAGAAAGUUUACAACGUCAACGGCUCGAUCAGCAAUCCGGAAACUUUGCUUGGUGGUCCCAGAGGUAAUGCAAUAUUCAAUGGAGUUUCUGCAAUCACUUUCGACUUUCUCAAGAACAUAGGUGGAGUAGUUUCAAUUACAGUUGAAUCCUCUACAGAUCCAAGUGCGGUUCUCGGAUUGACAUAUACGGAAUCAAAUCUGUGGAUUGCUGGAGAUCGCAGUGAUGCAACUGGUGAUGAUGGCCCUGACGAGGUGAUCUUUUUGCCCGCUGGAGAGCCAGGUCAUUAUACUGUAGAGAGACUUCAUGAUCGAGGUUCAUUCCGAUACCUGAGUGUGGUUUCAAAUAGCCCGGGUACCAUUAGAGUUUCACAAGUUUCUGUUUGGUACACUGCCGCACCUGUUCAAGAACUUCGCGAGUAUGCUGGAUGGUUCCAUACAAAUGAUGAGCUUUUAAAUCGCAUUUGGUAUGCUGGUAAGUGCUAUUUCCCUGUGACAAUUGGUCUGAGGAUAUUUAUCUGAUUUGUACUAGGUGCUUACACAAACCAGCUUUGUACCAUUGAUCCAAAAUGGGGAAAUGCUCUUGGAAGACCGAAUACACCCAAUGAUACAACACCAGAUACACAGGCAUGGUGGAGCAAUGAUACUAUCACCGAAGGCCGAACUACUACAACUGAUGGAGCAAAGCGAGAUCGUCAAGUUUGGCCCGGAGAUAUGGCUAUUGGCCUCCCAAGUAUAUUCGUCAGCACAAACGAUCGGGAAUCCCCCAGAAACGGACUCACUUCACUCCUUGCGCUUCAGAGUGACAAUGGAAUGUUGCCAUGGGCCGGAUAUCCCUUUAAUGAGCGAGGCAUUGUCAGUUUCACUUAUCACUUGUACACUUUGAUCGGUAUCUCGUAUUACUAUGAGUACUUCGGUGAUUUGGAAUAUCUCAAGGGUAACUGGGGAAACUUUACUAAAGGGAUGGAAUGGUCUCUAAGCUAUAUUGACGACACUGGUUUGAUGAACGUCACGUCAUCAGCCGACUGGCUCCGAGUCGGAAUGGGGGGACAUGUAAAUAUACCCCUUCAUCUUUCUACUGCACAGUUCCCAAACAUCAUACUGACUGAGCCCUCAACAGAACGUAGAAGCGAACUCCAUCCUAUACUACACCCUCAACAAAGGAAUCACGCUCGCCAAACUCCUCAACGACACAACCAAAGUUGACGAAUACACCCCCAUCGCCGCAAAGAUCAAAACAGUAGUCAACGAGCUCCUCUGGAAUCCCGACACAAACCUCUACAUCGACAAUGAAACCACCACUUUGUCUCCUCAAGACGGAAACGCCUGGGCCGUCAAGGCAAACAUUACAACCUCCACCGCACAAUCCUCAAAUGUCACCCGCGCCCUCACGGAACGCUGGGGAACCCUCGGAGCACCUGCACCAGAAGCAGGCGGAUCUCCAGCGACCAUCUCACCUUUCAUCGGUAGUUUCGAACUCGAAGCCCACCUCCUCGGUGAUGAGACUUUGGAUGCGCUCGAGUUAAUCCGCAGACAAUGGGGAUUCAUGAUAAACGACCCACGUAUGACAAAUUCAACAUUCAUCGAGGGAUUCUCGGCUGAUGGAUCAUUGCACUACCAACCAUAUAGGAUCGAUUCCCGCGUAUCACAUGCGCACGGUUGGAGUACUGGUCCUACAUACUUGAUGAGCUUCUAUAUUGGAGGUAUCCAUAUGGAAUCGUCUAUUGGCAAGACAUGGUCUUUCAGACCAUUGGCGGGUGAUUUGACAGAAGUAGAUUCAGGAUAUCAAACUCCGCUUGGAACAUUUUCAAGUAAGUAUUCCGCAGAUGGGAAAACCAUUACCGCUGCGACGUUCACUACACCAGAGGAUACUGUUGGUACUGUUAUCUUAAAGGGUGUUGAGGGAACAUUGGUAUCUGGCAACCAGUCCAUCGACCUUGUUGAUGGAAAAGCUUUGAUGGUUCCCGGCGGAACAUGGGAUUUGAGAUUUUUAAAAUAA